AUGCCUGUACCAGUCUCUUCACUCGAGGUGCCGGUACCUGUGUCCGCUGGCCGCGGUGCCUGCGCGCCGCUGCGCCCCUGCGGCGGUGCGGCGCGUCCGGCGGAGCGGUGCGGCGCGACUAGCAGCGCCGAGCAGGAGGAAACGGUAAUUUAUAAGCGCUUUCUUCCUGACCUCUCGUGUCUGUUGUCUAAUGAGGGAGCUUUGAGCAUCACCCAUCCUGCUGAGUGGAAAAACACCGGCACGGCCUCUUCUUUGCUGGGGAGGGGGGAGCCUAAAGGAAGGGGUGUGGGGGAGGAGGGGCCAUGCCGCAGACACGGCGGCGGAGCCCGGGCUGGCAGGCGGCCGCGGGCCGGCGGGGAGGGGCGGGCGGGUGCGGGGCAGCGGCCGCCGGGCAGCGGCCGCCGCCUCGGGGGGGCCGCCCCGGGCCGCCCGCCCUCCCCCGCGGCCGCCGCGGGCAGCGGGAGCGGCAGCGGGGCCGUCCCGAGCCGGCCCGAGGGACCCGGCCCGCGUCCCGCGGCGGCCGCGGCGGGCAGGGAGCGGAGCGAGGGCUCCCAGCCGCUGAUCUCGUCUCGGUAUUUCUCAUUUCCGUACAUUUUUUUAAUCGUUAUUUUUUAUCUGUACACCAAGAGUGCCCUUAUCACAGAAAAGGCAUCCCGCGGCGCUGUCACCGCCGCUGCCUGUCCCUGCUCUGGGCCCUGGCUCUGCUCCGCGCCCGCUUUUCUCCCCGGCCCCCCGGGGGACUGGACUCUGGAGCCGGUGCCGCUCUGCCAGGCUUUGGGGACAGGUUUGCUCCCGGAGCCGUCUGCUGCUGGAGGAGGCAACACGGGAGCGUGGUCUGGCAGGUGCCUGGGAGGCUGGGACAUCCCUGCUCUGCCCUGCCGCCUCACAAACGCGCGAUCCCCGGCACCGGGAAGUCCCGGUCGCAGCGGGAGAACAAAGAGGCAGCUCACAUUUUGUGAGGCUCCACGAGGGACCACAAACAGGAGGCUCUGGCUGCACUAGGGAAUGAAGCAAAAGGCUUCUCACCGGCUCAGCCACUUGUUUGGUUUCGGUGAGGAUGCCUAGAUGCAGAUUAGGAACCAGCAGUCCCAUCAGUGAAAUGAGAAACCUUGUUUUCAUUGUUUGGCUGCUAGAGGGAACAUAAUGUUUAAUGGACUCAGGAGCAAGACUGGGCAUGGACAAAGAGGAGAUUUUGUAGGGAUUGGGAAGAUUUUACAAAUAAACAUUAAAAUUAAAAAAACCAAAGUUCAUCUAGGCAUGAUGUCCAGCAGAAAUGUAGGAGAGAAAUAGACAGCACUGCCUCUAAAGGAUUGUGUAAGCAAGAAUGGCAAAAAGAUGGUCUGAAUAAAUCCAUUGCACUAAUGAUGUUCUAUACAUGAAUGUCCUAUACAAAGUUAUAUGGGUUCAGUCUUUGGGAUUCCCCUGUGUAGCAGAUGAUCCUGAGCCUGAAAAAGGGAAGCAGAUUUUGUAAGGGAUUUGCAUAUCAUGGAGUGACGCUGGCUUGCAGAUUUUAAGCAUUACUAAAUUGGGGAAUAAAUUGUUGCUAUUGCUGUUACAUACCAGGAUAUCUCACUAAUCCACACAAUCCACUAAGUUGCUGUAGUUUUAGUCUGUGUUUAUUUUAGAUGAAAUUAUGGCCUGGACAGUUAAUUUUUCUUAGUUUAUCCAUAUAAAUCAUAUAUAAAUAAGGUAUCAAACAGAAACCAAAACAUGACCUGUGUUUUUGGUACACUCCCCAUCAUGUGAACCCGCCAGUGACAGAGCUCUGCACCAGCUUUACAAGUCGAACACAAAGGCAAUGAAAAACCACAGGUCUUCUUGAAAAGUAGCCAGUUGGCAUUAAAUUCUCUUGCUGUAAUGCUCUGGCUGGCCUAUAUUGCUUAUAUUUGAGACUGCCUAGCCAUUAUGGGAUUGCCUACACUGGUCCUUUCCUUACAUCAAGCUAAUUACAAAUUAACUUAAGGCACUUAGCAGGGCUGAGAGGCUGGACCUGGUCCUUUCUGAGUUUGCAAAUGCCUGUUGCUUUACAGUGUCUGAAUCCUAAAGUGAGGGGCAAACACACAGGAACCAAACAGCCUGGAACCAAAGUGGUUACGCUGACUUUUGAAAAAAGUGACUGUCUCAAGUUAACUGAGUCAGCUACCUGGAAAUAAGAGCCUCUCAUAUAGCCAAAGAUUUUCACUGGGAUUUUCAAGAUCUCCUGAGCAAUUUAAAAUCCUUGAAAAGAAUGCACUAUAGAAUGAAAAAUAUAGGUAUUAUUAAAGAAUGUCUCUGAACUGAAAGCCAUUCAGUUUCAUAAAAACGAGCUAAAAAAGCAAUAACAGGUAGUCUGUCUCCUGCUGGAUGCUGUAUGAACCAUAUGUUUUGUAUUUUGGAAGUCACUCUAAAACAAUGGUUUUUUUCUUCACUAUUGCUGUUGGGAAGAACAGUAGAAGAACUAUGUAUAAAUGAGAUUAAAGUAAUCUAAUUAAAAAAAUAAA